AUGAACGGCUUCGCCUCGUUGUGCUCGCUUCACCUUCAACACCCGCACCUUGGCGUAUUGCAACGAGCCGAUGGGAUAUUAUUCGAUAGCUGUCCGAUUCAAAGUGUCGAUUUCGGUUGGAGGAACUUCAAAAGCUACUCGGACGUUCUGGAUUUUGUCAUCAGCGAGAAAACGAGAGAAUCGAACGCGCUAGUGAAAUCGUAUUACCAAAUUUGGAAACUUGUCGAGAUUGCGCGAGAUGUCUAUCAGCAUUAUAGGAACAGAUAUUUGAUAUUAUUGGGAAUUUAUACCGCAGAUCAACUCUCGUGCUAUCAUUAUCUAAUGAAUCAUCCGAAUUUGCCGAAAAUUCUUGCGUUUGUCUAUUCGGACGCCGAUAUUAUUUGCUAUUCGGAGUAA